AAGAACGACCACGCACCCGGCAACUAGCCAAGUGUCGUGUACAAGAGGCAACGCAAUCUAAACGCUUCUUAACGCCCCAUCACUAAAAGCCUGUGCGCAGCCCGGCUUCCGAUCAGUCGGUGAUCGUUGUUCGUGGCCUGCAGAUCGGAAAACAGGAGCCGUGAAAAUGAAAUCCUCCGACACCGGAAGCGACAGGGAUGUGAAGUGACGAAUCAACGUCCGCAAUUUUGUCCAACUGUUGUUAAAUGAAUGUGUGUAUGAGUGCGUGUAUACUGAGCAAGAAAAAAAAAGAAGCUAAAGUGCAAGCAAGUACGAGUACGGUCUUAAGCUAGGGAGAAAGAUACGGAAAAAACGGCUGCGUGUAUGCGCCACAAGUGGAACAUUCGUUCGUUCCGAGCCGCCAGAGGGCAUGCAGCAGUUGCAUCAGUACGGCAUGUCCUUCCAUCGUCCCCGGGGGCGAAGGAAGCGCCACGAAAUGAACCUCCCAAGAUGGUUUAGUGCGGCGCUGGUGAUGGUGAUGAUCGUUGGUGGGUUGAUCGUGUACGCAGCUGCCGAACCUCGGACGGAUGGUCUCGUUGACAUGAUAGAACAGUUCGGUAUGCCAAGUUUACCAUCCGGCGUAUCACCUACCACCGGCAUGUGUAAUGGCAGUCGAAACCAGUAUCAACCACACCCGGAACCAGCCUACAAUCUCAACCAAGACACAGUACUCAGCAUACCCACGAUCACGAGUUUUCCAACCGGGUUUCCAAUAGAUUUUUCCUUGCUGGUAACGCUCCGUGCUAGUCCCAACCUAGAACGAGCACCUCUGUUUGCGGUGUAUUCGAGUGACUCGGAUGAGAUACUGAUGUUGAUGGUGGGCCGUGACGUUGCACUGUACUACUAUGACGGCAAUCCGGAAGAUGAUGAGCAGGACCAGUAUCAGAACAUGGUCAGCUUCGGUGUGAGCAUUGACGAUGGACGUUGGCACCGGUUGGGAUUGAGUAUUAAAGGGAACUCGGUAACGCUGAUCUUGGAUUGUAGUUCACAGAUCACGCGUCCACUGAACCGAAGGCCCGGUGUACAGCUUGUUACGGAUGGUCUAAUACUGACUGGGUUGCAGUUAAACGAGGAGAAUGGUUUCUUUACGGGUGAUCUUCAACUCUUCAUAAUUGCAAACACACCGGAUGAGGCGUACAACAUCUGUACCAGGUAUGCUCCCGAUUGUCCGGGCGGCGGGUCAUCCAGCGGUUCGGGAUCUUCCUCAACCGUUACGCGCACCGUUACGAUACAAAGCACACGAACUGUGGGCAACGGUACAGUGGGAGGAUCGGUUAGUCGUCAGCAAAGUAGUAGCAGCACUAGCUCCAGUGGAUCUGGUGGAAGAGCAACCUCACAAGCGUCCGGUGCAAGUAUUCGUGAUCAGGUGUUACGUGAGUCUGUAUCCGUAGCGGGAGGAAGUAACUCUGGAAGUUCCCGUGGGAAACAGACAGCAGCGGCCAGCUCCUCCGGUAGUGGAAGAGACUUUGUUGAUCUGUACGGUGAUGGUGAAGGUUUGGAGGCGAUUGGAGAUGACGAUGAUUAUUACAAUAAUUUAGAGUUUGGUGGAGAUUUAAGUCGCGUCACGACAGUAGAGACACUACCGGAAGAGAGUUCAAGGAAUCGAACGAAAGUCACACCGGGAGCGUAUGAUCAAUUGCGUCCUGGUGUUUUGCCUUUACCGGACCCGGAAUACGACGCAUCAGCGGGUGGAGAGCCAAGACCGACGGGAGCAGGAGGUCCAACAACGAAACCACGUGUGACUACUGUGAACCGUACACGAGCCGAUUCCAGAGGAUAUGGUCCUGAGUUUGAAGAAGAGGAGGAUCGUUCAAUUGGAUUUCCGGCACAAUCCACCGUAACCAUCGUUGGUGGUGUUAAGACCAUUCGAGGUCCUCGUGGACCACCGGGUGAUCCAGGCCCGAAAGGAGAACCAGGCCGUGAUGGAUUGGGCGGCCAAUCGGGACCCCCCGGACCGGCAGGACACGUGUUCAUGAUGCCACUCACCUCCGCCGGUAACGAAAAAGGGCCCGACUCACAGGCAGAAGCAUUGCGACAAAUGCUUUCGCAACACAUGACAGCGAUGCGAGGUGCGGACGGUCCGAUGGGAUUGACUGGAGUACCGGGUGCUGUCGGACCUCCCGGACCUGAGGGAGCCAAAGGUGAACCGGGAGAUGUUGGUGAACCUGGACCCAUCGGACCUCGGGGCGGUGUCGGUGCAAAGGGACGCGAGGGACGCCGUGGUCGAUCUGGAAGAGAUGGAGAGCGAGGAUCAACCGGUCUGCAAGGUGGUAAAGGUGAACAAGGUCCUAUUGGAUUGCCCGGUUUCCCUGGGGAGAAAGGUGAACGUGGACGACAGGGUUCAGUGGGCGAGAAAGGCAGUCAAGGACAUGAUGGUGCACAAGGUGAAGACGGCCCUCCGGGGCUUCCAGGUUUACCAGGUGAACUCGGACCACGUGGUUUCUCGGGUCCGCGUGGAUUUCCUGGUCCAUCCGGUAAUCCCGGCCUUCCAGGAUCGGAGGGAAUUUCCGGUUCGAAGGGAAAUCCGGGACCGCAGGGUCAACCGGGAGCACCGGGACAAACGGGAUCGCCCGGUCCAGUAGGACCACCGGGUCCGCAAGGAAACCUUGGACCGCCGGGUAUUCCCGGUCCACACGGAAAGCCGGGUCUUCCGGGACUUCCUGGAGCUGAUGGGCCACCGGGUCGGGACGGUAAUCCGGGCAUCGGUGGACCCAAAGGUGAUGUUGGACCACAGGGUGUUCAAGGUCCCAUAGGGUUCCCCGGGAAUCGUGGACCGAAAGGAGAUGACGGUGAACGAGGUUCUGCUGGCGAUAAGGGCGAAAAAGGAGAACUAGGGCAUGAUGGUGACAAGGGUGAUAUGGGUUCUCCUGGCGAACGUGGACAUCCAGGUGUAACGGGAGCGCCUGGUUCGGAAGGACCCGAAGGUCCAAAAGGAUUCGAAGGACCACGAGGAGAAACGGGCAUGAUGGGACUGACUGGUGAUAAGGGAAAGCAAGGCGUACAGGGUUUUCCGGGAUAUCCAGGACCACCAGGUGAUAAGGGUGACAAAGGAUCCUUUGGAAUGGCUGGUCUGCCAGGCGAAAAGGGAGAACGUGGAAAUACUGGACUUCAAGGAGAGCGCGGUGAAGUUGGCCCAAGAGGAUUCCGAGGUCCGCGUGGCAGACGAGGGGCAGAUGGAACCACUGGCCCAAAGGGUGAUACCGGACAGCCAGGAUCUCCCGGAGCACAGGGUGAAAUUGGUAUGCAAGGUCCAGAAGGUCCGCGUGGUUUCAUCGGACUUCCAGGACCACCGGGAAACAAUGGCAAAGAUGGACCUUUGGGAGCUUCAGGCGAACGUGGCCCUCCAGGUGAAAAUGGAAACCCUGGACCCAUAGGUGCUCCUGGUGUUGUUGGACCGCAAGGGCCAACAGGUGAACCGGGACCGGUAGGAGAACCAGGCAUUCCAGGACUUCCGGGAUUGCCAGGAGAACCGGGUGUGCCGGGAGAUACUGGUAAAGAAGGUCAGAACGGUCCUCCAGGACCACCGGGAAAGAAUGGGCCGCAAGGUGGUCAGGGUUUGCCAGGAUUCCCCGGCGAACGUGGCAUGAUGGGAAUGCCCGGAUUGCCUGGCCUGAAGGGAGAGCUCGGAUUACCCGGACUUCCGGGACCGAUCGGUGACAAGGGCCAACCAGGUGAAUCGGGCAAGGAAGGACCCCCAGGUGCUGAAGGACGUCCUGGACCUCCUGGACCUACUGGUCCGUCCGGUGCAAAGGGUGAACGUGGAGAGCAGGGUUUGGUCGGGCCAGUUGGACGAGACGGUUUGCCUGGACAACGGGGUCUAGCUGGACCACCUGGUCCGGUAGGAUCACCAGGGGAGGACGGCGACAAGGGUGACAUGGGUCCGCCGGGUGAGAAAGGUUUCAAGGGUGCCCAAGGAGAAUCGGGACCUGUCGGAUCGCCUGGAUCACAAGGAAGUCGUGGAGAACCGGGCGCUGUUGGACCAUCGGGUGAGAAGGGACCUCCAGGAGAGAUUGGCCGUGCGGGACCCAAGGGUGAAGAUGGGCCUACUGGUUUACCUGGUUCACCUGGACCGGCCGGACCUCAAGGAAUGCCAGGACCACCGGGUAUGAAAGGAGGUCGUGGUGAUGAUGGCCCACCGGGAGCUAUUGGCCCCGCAGGACCACCAGGCGAAGUGGGUCGACGUGGACCACGCGGUGCCGAAGGUGGUCCUGGCGCUCCAGGAUCUCCCGGUCCGCAAGGAAUUGCGGGCGAACCUGGCACGCAAGGACCGCCAGGGCCGAUUGGACCCGAGGGUAAGGAGGGCGAAAAAGGUUCUAUUGGACCCAAGGGCGAAGAAGGAAAGUCGGGACCACCAGGACCACCAGGCAAACGUGGACAACCGGGCAUUGAAGGCCCUAAGGGAGUUGCCGGUCCACCUGGAUUCCCUGGAAAUCCUGGCGAACCAGGACUUGUUGGACCGAAAGGAGACGUGGGUAAGGAUGGCGACGAUGGUAAGCAGGGUGAAUCCGGCUUACCAGGUGAACCGGGACCACCGGGACCUGCAGGCGAGAUCGGGCCACCGGGAAAAAUUGGCCCCGAAGGCCCAGCAGGACUGCAAGGUACAACAGGAUUGUCUGGAGAAAAGGGUGACCGUGGAUUACCAGGACCACCGGGAAAUCAAGGACUAACCGGACCGCAAGGAAUGCCCGGGCCUCAGGGAUCAACGGGCUUAAGGGGAUCUCCAGGUCCUUCGGGUGAAAUCGGUCCCGUAGGUAAACCGGGUGACAGUGGAGCACCUGGCAAAGCGGGAGAAGUAGGCGCCAAGGGGCCGAAAGGUGAUCGUGGCCGGCGAGGCUUGAAAGGGCAUCGCGGUGAACUGGGGCUGGUUGGUUUAAAGGGUGACGCUGGCGAAAAAGGUGACAAAGGAGUGCGUGGAGUGGCGGGCCCCGAAGGCACCAAGGGAGAACCUGGUCCGCUUGGACCGCUGGGGCUCAAGGGUAACGAUGGGCCGCAGGGACCGCCUGGAAACGAAGGACCGUUAGGACCGAAAGGAACGGAAGGUGUGGCAGGUCUGCGGGGAGAACCCGGACCACCAGGGCCGCCGGGACCACCUGGACCUCCAGCCGAUGCACCGCUCAUCCCACCGGAGCUGCUGUUCCGCAUGAACGAGUUCACCUUGACGAAGGGUGAGGAUCGACAGAAGCGCGAAGCUGGUGAAGUUGGUACACUCGCGGAGCUGGAUGAAGAGUUACUCGAGGUGGACGACUUUGAUGAGGAGAUCCUGAAGGUGGAACCACGCAAAAAGAGCAAGAAGAAAAAAUCAAAGUCAAAACCGGCUGAUCUUGGUCCAAAGUUCUUAGAUAUGUACAGCUCGAUCUACUCGAUGCGACAAGAGCUCGACCGAAUACGAAAACCAGUCGGAACGCGGGAAAACCCAGCGCGGACGUGUCGCGAUCUACAUCAUGGACAUCCACAGUUUAAAGAUGGCUGGUACUGGAUCGAUCCGAACCUUGGAAUGGGAGAUGAUGCGGUUUACGUUUUCUGCAACAUGACGGCAGCCGGCGAAACGUGUGUUUUCCCAGAUAUUCACAGUUCCCAAAUGCCGACAAUACCAUGGCGCAAAGAGAACGACAAAACCGACUGGUAUUCGAAUUUGCGCGGUGGUUUUAGGAUAUCUUACGAAACAGUCGGUACGGUUCAGAUGACCUUCCUGCGGCUUCUUUCGCAAGAGGCGUAUCAGAACUUCACGUACGCUUGCAUGAACAGCGUCGCCUGGUACAGCACGAAGGACGAAAGUUACGACAAUGCGAUACGGUUCUUGGGUGAGAAUGAGAUCGAUAUCGGGUACGAUAAUUCCAAGAUCAAACCGACUGUCCUGGUGGACGGUUGCAAGACCGGUCGUAGCAAGAGCGAGACGGUGUUUGAAGUGAGAACACCCAAACUUCAAUACCUUCCAAUAAUUGACUUCUAUCCAAUUGAUUACGGAUUGCCACAGCAAGCGUUCGGAUUUCAAGUGGGACCGGUUUGUUUUAAGUAACAAACACAUAGUAUACUGUUAUCAAUGAUCUUUCUCGAUGUCUAACACUAUACUGUUAAACAUGUAUAUGAUGUAUAAGCUUAAUGAGAUUAGUUCUAUUGUUAAAGAUUAGUAUUUAAAAUACGAACACACACACACACAUUUGCGCUCGAAAAAAGACGAAGAGGAAUAGAGGAAUGGAUAGGAUAAGAAAACAUCGAAAUAGUAUUUAGUAUUAGCACGAAUGGAAAACAUGUAUCAUAUCGAUUGGACUGAGCAUAUUGUUUGUCAGAAGAGGAAUCGGCCGAACUAAAAAAAGGGAAAAGCUCACACCCCUUUAAGCCAUCAUUUCCUUGUUGUUAGACCUUUACUUUCGUGUAAAUAGAUCCCCCUUUCUCCCUGCUCCUUUUCACAUAUGAAUCAAUUUAAAAUUUACAUACACACACACAUACAUUAGCGCACGUGCCAGAAGUAGAAAUGAAUGGAUAAAGAAGCAUUGUAAAAACGAACAAAAAUCACGGGCAAAGACGAACUAUGCCAUUUACACUGCCAAAGAUCGUUUGUUAUUGCAAUAUAAAAUUUAAAAAAGAAAUGAAACUGAUCAAAA